AUGUCGUCUUCAAAACGAGCCUCCAUGAUGCCUGCUGCACCCAAGCCUCCAACUUUCCUCGCCUCCACGCUCAUCAUAGCAGACCAAGCCUCUCUCACAGGCACACACCUUAUAACCCUCGGAUCCAACACCGUGGUCCAUCCGCGAACCAAAUUGAAUUCCACAUACGCAUCUAUUACAAUAGGCAAUAAUUGCAUCCUCAGCGAGCGAAGCAUGAUCGGUCUGCAAAGCGAAGCGACAGGAAACGAAAACGAAGGGGUACUCAUUGAGAAUGGGGUCGUGGUUGAGGUCGGAGCUACGGUGGAGGCGCUAUCGAUAGGAGAGGGAUGUCUCAUUGAGAUCAAUGCUAGGAUUGGGAAGGGAGCAGUCUUAGGGAAGUUGUGUUUGGGAAUGGAGUGCGCCGGAUAG